AUGAGAACACGAGUGGAAGAGGAACGAAUUUCAUUUUAUCGUUUCCACUUUAUUUGUGCAUCGACAUCGUAUCGUGUUUCGGGCGAUCUUCGAGCAAAUAUUGAGAUUUUGUCGCCGGUCGUCGGCGCGCUGUGCGCGCUUGUCGAAGUCGGCGGAGAGCGGGCAUCGGGCGGCCGUGGCGGUGGUGGUGGUGGCGGCGGCGGCGAUGGCGAUGGCGUGACGAGGGUGGUGGGGACGAGCCGCGCGAGCACCACCCGUCGAAUUUCCGAAUUAUUUAUGCUCGAGGCUCGGCGACAGGACACAACAAGCACAGCAUAG